CCCGGCUGGGAUGCACCCGGGGCGCCUUGGCCACACCCGGGAGUCGCGUGAGGAGGACGGGGCCGCGGCGAGCGCAGCCGGUGAGGGGGGCUCAGGUGCUUUGUGCAGCGCACAGGGCCCAGGCCGGGGGCGGUGGGCAGAGGGAAGCAGGGCGGACGGGGCGCCGUGCAAGGCAGCGGGGAGGCAAGUUGGGACCCCCUCGCCAGAGCACCGGGGGAGCAGGAGCAACAGGGUCCUUGAUUGGACGCGAGGAGAUCAUUUCCUGUGAAGGAGAGGAAGCCGGCGGCGGCUGCCAGGCCCGGGGGCCCCGGGGUGGAGGUGGCCAGGCCAGUUGCGUGGGACACUGAGCCCCAGCUUCCAAGCAAGACGCCGGCCCGCGGAACAAUGACUCACUUACAGGCUGGCCUGUCUCCCGAAACCUUGGAGAAGGCUCGCUUGGAGCUGAAUGAGAACCCCGACACUCUGCACCAGGACAUCCAAGAGGUGAGGGACAUGGUCAUCACCAGGCCGGACAUUGGCUUCCUGCGCACAGACGAUGCGUUCAUCCUGCGCUUCUUGCGGGCCAGGAAGUUUCAUCACUUUGAGGCCUUCCGCCUCUUGGCCCAAUACUUCGAGUACCGGCAGCAGAACCUGGACAUGUUCAAAAGCUUCAAGGCCACAGACCCAGGCAUCAAGCAGGCCUUGAAGGACGGCUUCCCCGGGGGCCUAGCCAACCUGGACCAUUACGGCAGGAAGAUCCUUGUCCUUUUUGCUGCCAACUGGGAUCAAAGCAGGUACACACUGGUGGAUAUCCUGCGAGCUAUCUUGCUUUCUUUAGAAGCCAUGAUUGAAGAUCCUGAGCUUCAAGUCAAUGGGUUUGUUUUGAUCAUAGACUGGAGUAACUUCACCUUCAAGCAAGCCUCCAAGCUCACGCCCAGCAUGCUGCGCUUGGCCAUUGAAGGCCUGCAGGACAGCUUCCCAGCACGAUUUGGAGGAAUUCACUUUGUCAACCAGCCCUGGUACAUCCACGCCCUGUACACUGUGAUCCGGCCCUUCCUGAAGGAGAAGACUCGAAAAAGGAUAUUCUUACACGGCAACAACCUGAACAGCCUGCACCAGCUGAUCCACCCUGAGAUCCUGCCCUCGGAGUUCGGAGGGAUGCUGCCCCCCUACGACAUGGGCACGUGGGCGAGGACUCUGCUGGACCACGAGUAUGACGACGACAGCGAGUACAGCAUGGGCCCCUACAGCGUGCCCGGGAAGGAGGUGGACAGAGAGCUCUCCCCCAGGUCCAUGAAGAGGUCCCAGUCUGUGGUGGACCCCACAGUCCUGAAGCGCAUGGACAAGAAUGAGGAAGAGAACAUGCAGCCUCUGCUCUCUCUGGACUGAUGACGUCUGUGCACCCGGGCACGGAGUAGACGUGGAAGGCGCUGGACGGAGCUGCGGAGGGACAGCACUGCAGAGGAGCCAGGAUGAGCUGGAAACAUAUUUAUUCCUAUUAAUGUAGCAGAAAAUAUAAUAAGGUGCCUGGUUUUCCUGUCUGCCUGAACCUUGGGUGCCCUGGGCUGAUUUAAAAGAAAAAGUCAAUAAUUUAUUCUGUAAGUGCCAAGUUCUUUGUAAAUAUGAUGUAAUUUCAUGUCUAGUUUGUAAAUUUUGGUAGUAACUGAAUUUGGGAAAGAUUGAAAUAAAAGUUUGAGCCAGUGAUAUGAACUCUAAGAAAAACCAGAAAAUCUGCAUAAGCUGUCAACACUGAUUAAAUGUAGCCCCGUUUCCUAUGAAGCCAUAUUUCUGCUAUCAUGGUGAAUUGUGCCAUUAUUUUCCUCUGCUACUUCAUGGACACAGGGAAGAGAAUUGUUCUAGGAAAUGAGGAAGUGACCGAUGCGAUCUGAUGUAGGGACUUUCAUUUCAGAGAAGAGGCAUCCCAGGACUCGCGCAGCUCUGUACUGAGUGGCAGGUGGAGGACGCACAGAGCUGCUCGCUGCUCUUCUACUCCCGGAGUCCUCUGCACAAAUGUUUCCCCUGUAAGCUUCGGAAUGCUCUGAGUGGAUUCUUCCCAAACCGCUGUCUUCGCCACCUCUGUGUACCCUGUCUGACUUACUUAAAGAGUAUUUCCUUCCCAAGCUGUGUGACCAAGGAAAUGAGACCAAAUGUGUGAGCUAUGUUUUGGCAGCCAAUUCUGAACAUAAAAUGUGCCACUCACAAAUAAGGGGCUAAUUUCUAGUUCUUGUGCACUUGCUGAAAAUACACAUAUUCACACACACACAAGCUAUAUAUUUUUACUGAACUCUAAUAAGUCCCUGAUGUAACAGGCUUAUAAAAAAACACACAUAUUAAAGGAUUUAGAGAUGUGACAGAUAAUUACAUGGGAUACUAAUUUAGGAACACCACUGAAGUUAAUGGAAACAAGAAACAAUGAAACAGACUUUAGUGUACCUUUAUAAGGGAAUUCCAGCACACUUCAUCAUAGUCUCUUGAAUCUGUGCCACUUUAGUGAAUUACAUUUUUCUUUAAAAGAAGCUACAGGUCUCAGUAGGUAUCAGGUGACAACAAAAUAGUUUUUCUCCAAUUCAAUUCUAGUGUUCCUGUAUUUCACAUUUUCUUUUUAGAAAAGAUUGAAAGAAUGCAUUCCUUCUGGAAGCAUCUUGGGAGCAUUGCAGGGGGGGGGGUCCCCUAAAAGAGAAGAGCUGUUAAAAGACAUGAAAUCUGCACAUUGUUUAAAGUUUAGUCCCAUAAAAUUCUACAAGUACAGCAAGUUUUAAAUCUGAUUUUAAAUUUUAAACCCUGGUAUGAGAAAGCAAAAUUUUAAUCACUUUUUCAACAUAAGGAUUUUGAGAUUGAGAAUUUACCAUGAACAUAUUCUUUGGGGAAAAAAUCUACAAGAAUUCUUUGAACCCUCCACCCGUCCAAAAUUAAAGAAAGUAAAAAUCAUGAAGAAGGCUUUGCAUACUUUUCAAUGAGAACUUCAAAAAUUCUGAUUAUAAAUCUAUAGCCA